CCACAACUGCAACCAAUUGGCUGUCAACAUGUCGCUGCAAAAGAUUCCGUGGGAGCUCGCGGCUGCAACUUUUCUCUUCCUAUCGAUAGCCAUCCUCUUCCAAUCGCCCGCCCGCGCCAUCCUUCGAGCAACCUCGGCCCGCCACGCAAACCUCACCAUCCCAGUGUCGAGACUCACCGGCCCCGAUGUCGUCUUCAUCAUCUGCCUCAUUGCUUUCAAGUAUCCCUUGCGGUGGAUAGGCGCGGUACCCAAGCUUCGCUCCACAGAAUCUGGAUUCGAUCUGCCGCAUCUCACCAUCACCUCGGAGAUUGACGUCGGCGAUGAAGACCGCAAACGUUAUGACCGCGCUGUCCCCGGCGGUGGCAAUCGCGCGCUUCUGCUUGCUGGGCUCAUAAACCCUCUCAUGUCUAUCAUGCUGACCAACCGGAACAACCCCAUCAUGCCCUUUGGCUGCGUCAACACCAAGAACCGCUUUGAAUUUCUCGACACGGAGCCGCCUGCAGGACACUACACUGUCACAGCUACGCUUGGAGGCGACGAGAAUCCGGCUCGACGGGUAAAGCGCGGUAUUGAGCUCGAUGUGGUCUUUGUUGCAACCCAUUCCCAGCGUGGCAAAGUCUUUCGCCAGGUUGCCACGAUUCUUGCCUACCUGCCUUCAAAGCAUAAGCCGCUGUACAAGGCGCCAGAGGUAAAGGCAGCAGAGAAUGUGGCGUCUGGGUGGAAGAAUAUCGAGAAAUACAUGGUUGAGCUGAAAUUCAAUGCGCCAUUUGACUGGGCGGCCGUAUGCAAAGACUAUAACCCUAUCCACAUGUCUAGUGGCAUGGCCAAGCUAUUUGGCUUUCCAAGCAAGAUUGCACAUGGGAAUCAUGUGCUCGCCAGUUUUGUACAAAAGUUUGGAACCAGUCCACCGGGCCCCUUUGCUAUUGACGUGGAUUUCAAACGCCUAAUGCGUCUGCCACUGUCGAUGGCUGUCGAAUAUUCACGAGAGACUACCACGGCUGAGCGCUUUAGAGUAGUCAAGGACGGCAAGGAAUACAUGACGGCGAGCCGAACAGUUCUUUGAACAAGGUACUAUUCACAUAUAAUAUCGUCAAGCAGGAUAA